AUAAAUGAAUUUUAUCAACAUGAAAAUCGUCUGUAGUUAACAAACUAUCGUAAUUGAAGUGCAUAAUUAUCAGUUAUUUGAUUGGAACGAGCUAACUAAGUAAUCAUGAGUGGAUACUUAACAUUAAUAAGUUUAAUAUUCUUGCAAACCCUCGGAGUUAUGUAUGCAGAUGAUUAUGCGGAAAAAGCAGUCCAAGAAAAUGGAAUUUGGUUAGCUGAGGUGGGAGGAAAACCGAUAGCUUUGACUAGAAUCGAACGCAACGACCAAGAAGAAACGACAAGCGAUUUUGUUGUGAAAGAUGCAACGCCAUUCCCGAAAAUAGCCAGACGUGGUUAUGCAGGCGAAGAGUUUUUCUUAAAAGCUUCCAAGUCAGUUCCUCGAAUUGGUCGUAGAAACGAUGAUUCUAAAGCGUAUCCUAAGAGAUCUACGGAUAAGGAUCCAGCUUCACCGGAUGAAUAUUGGCCAUGGCUCCAAUAUAAUGGCCAUGUCGACUCGGCUAAAAAAGAAAUUGACUUUCCAUUUGGAUGUCAACAACUGGAUGCCAAGACAAUAUUUUUGGUAGAUUUAUAUAAUUUCGUUUGCAACGAUCAGUUCUACUGUUGUGCAACAACAAAACGUUCCCUGUCUGCAUAAAAAUUUAAUCACUACAAAUGAAAUUUUUAUUUAGUUAAAAUAGUCUUCAUGAAAAAAUGUUUUUUAUAUUAAUACAUAGUAUAAAACAGAAAUGUAAAAUUUUAAAUAAUAUAAUCUCUUAUCGUGUUAAUGUAUGUAAAAUUACUAGAAUCCAAUUAAACAAACAUGUUGAUUCAAU